AUGAAUACGGACGCUGGCGAAACUACUGCGCAACUACAGAAAUUCCUGCGCUAUAGAUCAGUGCGCAAAGCCGCCUCGACAGAUCUUGAACUUAAAGCGACUUCUCCUCCACCACCUGUACCGAACAGCUUGCAAUCUGCUUUGACACGAUUACCAUCGAGAUACCACCGCAGGCCGAAGCCGGCGGCUGAGGACCCUCUCGUGCCCUUUCCACCACAAAAUGUUGUGCAAGUUUCCAGCGCGACUCGGGAUCCGGUACCCGCGCAGCAUAUACCAACAAGUCCUCCACAGAACGAGGCAGGUCAUAGCCACAAGCCCAAUGGGGCCCGCCGAAUGGUCAUAGGACAUGGCCGGAAGCCUCUCUCCAAUGGCGAGAAGUUGGGAGCAAUGGCUACCGAGUCAAAGCCGGGCAUGCGCCCAACUUCUCCUGAAACUGUCCGACGAUCUCUAGAGAUUGCGCGAGAAGAAGCUCGAUUGACUCUGGAGGGCGACUUUGGUCGCUUAAAGGCACUUAAGCAGGAGGAGGCUCAGCGACGACGCGAUGAACGAGAGCAGCGCCGCGAGGCAGCGAAGAUUAACGCGAGAAAAGAAUCUGUCGGGGUGGUCUCGCCGCCGGACCUUGGAGGUCCUCAACACACAAGGCCGACUAGACAAGGUGCAGAAGAGAAGCAGCAUCCCCGAGAAGCUCCAAAGCCCAAGUUACGGACGAUGGUCAUUGGAGGAAGCGACGGGGUGUUGCAGGACAGGCAUCACAAACGUUCUUCGUCAGCGAUGCAGAGGCAGCAUACCGUGCGUGAGACUCACACCAGGUCGAGCAGCACCGGGAAGAUGUGUGAGACACGCAGUACUAUGCCGCAAGCAGCAGUACCGCAAUUUGAUGCUCCUAUCUCUGCGGUCAACGCCGGCGAGCGAAAGGUCAAGGUGAAAUGCAAAGAAUCAAUCAUCACUCUGGCUGUUACACCUACCACCACGUGCAAGGAAGUACUUCGGUCUGCGGCACUAUGCUUGACGGAACCCAUCGAUGCCCGAACAGCAGUGCUGCUUGAGUCGUUCUCUCAACUAGGCCUGGAAAGACCAUUGCGUCGAUAUGAACGUAUUCGAGAUGUCAUGAACUCGUGGGAUCAUGACGACCAGAAUUAUUUGUUCAUCAUGGCUCAGUCGGAGUGUGCUGCGGCCGGGAUCGACGAUGCAGACGCCCCAAGGCAACAACCUACCGGCGUAUGUCUGCAGAUAUACCACUCUCACCGACCUGGUAAAUGGGAUAAACGGUGGUUGAAGUUGAGAGAGGAUGGUCAGAUCACAACCUCCAAGCACGAGCACGGUCUCGAUUCUACGAAAAUCUGUCAUUUGUCCGACUUUGACCUGUACACCCCGACAUCAAAACAACUCAAGAAGCUCAACCCACCAAAAAAACUGUGCUUUGCAUUGAAGAGCCAAGAAAAAUCAUCCAUGUUCCUGAACGGCGUUAAUUUUGUGCAUUUCUUCAGCACAAAGGACAAGGGGGUGGCUGCAAAAUGGUAUACAGAAGUCCAAUCUUGGCGAAGCUGGUACUUGUACAACAUGGUGGGCGAGGGCGUGCAGAGUCAGCCCCAGGCUGUGCGCCCACCAACGGGAAAGAGCUCCAAGGAGUCGUUGCCGCCCCGUUCAGCUGGGUCGUUCAAGCCACUGCUCGGUGUCGACUCUGGCAGACCGAGUACAGAAACGGCUGCCCGACAUGACGGUGUCCCUCAUCGUCGUUUUUCCCAGAGUAAUGGUAAUCGACCGCUCCUUGAUUUCGGCCAAGACAGGCCCAGCCUUGAUGGAAGACCAGGAAGCCCACGUCAGUCGAGGAAUCAGAGCCUUCCUCCGAGCGCCUAUCCACGCAAGUUGACCAUCGGCUCCACGGGUGGAAGUACAUCUGAAGAGAGCCCUUUCUCUGGGACUGGCUUGAUCGCACGUAGUGCCAGCCGAAAGUCACUGGGCAGGAACCGACCGGUCGGCGGCGGUCCUGGAGCUGACGGGAAACCACUGGUCGAUCUUGCUCCGACUAGCGAGUUCACCGAUGGGAGUUUGUUGAGGAAGAUGGAAGCCAUCGCUGUUCAACAAGGGAAAACGGGGCCCAAGAUCUUCCGGCAACAAGGAAGGGAGAUUAGUGUAUCAGUAGGAGAAGGAUUGGAUUGA